CACAAGGGAUCUGCAUAAAACAGGGAACCCCCAAGGCCAUGCCUACUGGACCAGGACCCAAGCAGCUCUGCCUGGCACUGGGGCCCAGGGAUUCACCUGCCCUCCCGACAGCAGCCCACAGAACAACUGGAUGGCUGUGUGCAGGAAGCAAACAUGUCCCUGAGUCCUGGUACUCCAAGAAGCCACAUGGACAUUAGAGGCCUGAGCCCCCACUCUAGCAGUGUGAUGGAGUGCAGUUUGCUAGACAGACUUACUGUGAAGAUGAGGAGCCUCCACACUUUGCCUUACCUCCUCCUUCUGCCACUGAGUACCUGCUUUCCCCUGCUGGACAGAAGGGGACCCACAGACAUCGAUGACAUCAGAGCCAAGAUGAGCUGGGCCAACCCGGUUGAGGAGCGCAGACCACACUCAGUUCAAGAUCCUUUCCUGUGGCUGAGAGUACCACAACCACAGGCCCUGCUUGUGGUGGCCAAGGAACUGCAGUCCUCACACAGGGAACAUACAGGCUUCCCCCCAGGGAGGAGGGAUAGGAGCAGCCAGGCUGCAGGGUUCCUGCCCACUGACGCAGAGAAGGCCAGCCGCCCCCUGGGGACCCUGGCGGAGGAGCUCAGCAGCUAUAGCAGGAGGAAGGGAGGCUUCAGCUUUCGCUUUGGUCGGUGAGGGCCUCUGUGGACUCUGCCUGUCUUUCCACUGUUGCCCCUGACUGACACCCUGUCUCCCAAGGACCAGAGUUGGAGAGGAAAAAGGCCUAUCAUACUAAAUUAGUGGUAGAUAGCUGUGUGCUCAACUUUUUGUUUCCAACUUUGCUAAAGUGAAAAACUUGAGUGGUGUUUAAAAAACAAAAACAAAUGAACAAUCACCCCCCUC